UAUAUCAAUUGUUAAUUUGUGUGUUAUAUAAUACACAGUAUUGUGUAUAUAUUUAUUUAAGCUAUUGAAAGACACACACACACACACACACUCAUUGUUACACUUAUUAAUAUUAAUAAAAAAACUAAUAUUAUUAUAUUAAAUAUAUAUUUUUUUGUUAUCAAAAUUGUCAACAAUAGCAACGGGAAAAAAGCUGUUAAAACUCAAUGUCAGCCAAUAAUAAUAGUAACGAAAAUAGUGAACUAAUGGGGAGUUUGCAAGUAUUGGAUCAAUUAUAUCAUUGCAAAGACAUCAAUGAGACCAAAGAGUUUUACGCCAAUUGGGCUCAAGAUUAUGAAGAGGACAUUGAGGACAUGGAUUAUAACGGUCCGCAAAUAGUUGUCAAAUGUUUUCUGGAGCUCAACUGCGAUCGGGAGUCACGUAUUUUGGAUAUCGGUGCCGGUACUGGUGUUAUCGGUCAACUAUUAGCCCGACACGGCUAUCAUAAUGUCGAUGGUUUGGAUGCAUCGCCUAAAAUGUUGGAACUGGCCAAACAAAAACAAUGCUACACACGGCUAAUCAAUUCAAUAGUGGCCUCAAAUGUCCGCUUACCUAUAGAUAGCCGAUCGUAUGAUGUGGUCAUAAUGGCCGGUGUUUUCUGUCCCGGACAUAUCCAGGCCGACGCUUUCAAUGAGAUAUUACGUAUAACAAAAUCAGGCGGCACAAUUUGCUGGGCUAUGGGUGUGACCACAAUCUAUGCCGACACCGAUGAACACUAUAGAGACGGCAACUUUGAACGAAGUAUUGUCCAAUUGUGCGAUAAAAUGAAAUGGCUAUCGAUAUUAGGUUAUCCUAAACGUGUGGACAACUAUGUUCACGGAAAAGAUGGUUGGUUUCAUGCUAUGCAAGUUAUUUGAUUGAAAUUAAUUGAA